GUAAAAUUGUGUGUCGAAAAGUGGAAAUUAAUGCGAUUUUUCGUGGAAAAUGGUCAGCACUGAGGAUAUUUUGGAAAAAUUGGAGCCACGAUGUUUGUGUUGUCUCAGCGAGGCAUCGGAAAAAUUCUCCGCGGAAAAUUUGACGCGAAUUUUGCAGGAUUUAGUGCAUGCAGAGCUGCCACAGUUGUUCAAAUACGUGCCAACGGUAUUUUGCGUGGAUUGUGUCGCAGCGCUGCAGUUAUACGAACAGUUCAAGGCAAAAGUGCAGCGUUCGUUUGUGUCGCUGGAGAAAUUGGUCAUCGAUAGGGGUCUCAAUAAGAAUGAUUAUUUGGAGCAGCUGGAGAUAAUUCCGCGCGUGAGUCCGGAUCCGUUUGCGGAGGAGCGAAAACCCAUCAAACUGCCUCUAAAAGUGCUGUGGAAGAGUCCGGGUCGCCCACGCAAAGACGGAACCGCAGCACAACCGAGAUUUUUCAAAAAGGAGCCAAAAUCGCCGCCCGUUUACAUUUCCGACUCGUACAAAUCCGACAAUUCUUCCGAAGAUGAGAACUACUGCCGCCGCUCCGACAACGAAGAAUGGAAUCCGGACCAAAAAAAUCCCAAUUUAAUGAAGAGAGAGAAGAAAUACAAGACAAAACUGCCCGGCGUCAUGAUGAAAGGCGGCAAACGGGGACGUCCGCGAAAAACAACCGAUGAUAAUGCGCCGAAAAAAUCAAAGCCACACACGAAUGGCAUCAUGAACAAUCAUCCAACGGAGCGACUCGAACAAUUAAAUGGCAAUCACACCAAAAAUCCUUUUGCGAAACGACCACGAGGUAGACCUGCACGAGCGUCAGAUGCCACGUCGAUUCUCGUGAAAAAGCAAAUUUUGCAAAAAUCCAACGAGAGCAAUAUUCAAGAGUCUCCCCGGAUACUCGGCGCGAAAAAAAGACGAGGACGCCCCAAAAAGACCGCAUCAUCGCCGACCGCCACACUCGUCGUCACGAACAAUAAAAAGCUGAAAAAAUGUACAAAACCCUCGAUGGUCAUCAAGUCGUUGCUGAAGAAGAAACCGGGAAGACCGCGAAAAAACUCGGCGGAACUCGCGGGAAUGGAGGCAAAAAAUAAAUCUUCGCCAGAAAGCGAGGCGAAUCGCAAACGGAAACGAAGUCAGUUGGAAAAGAGUGUGGGAUGGACCACGGAGACAGAGGAAGAAAGUAGGGUAAUUAGGGAGGAAUAUGACUCAGAUUCAGUUAUGACGGCGACAACAACGGGCACGUUACCAGCGGGUGACGUUAGUAGGUCUAAGAGUUACAAAAGCUUUAUUUUAGCAUCUUGAAUGAAACUUUUUUUGGAGAAAUUGUCAUAUCAAAGAUUUUUUUUUGCUGGGCUAGCAGUUUUUUAGUGCAAUUCGACAUUUUUUUUUAAUUAAAAUUUUUUAAAUUUAAUUUUUUUUUGUAAAUUUAAUAUUAAUUUUAAAAGAAAAUCGAGAAAAAAAAUUAAAAAUAUUUUUUUUUAAUUUCAUAAAAAAAU